UGACAAGUAAUAACACGGAUUGACAAUUUACAUUUUCACAAAUCAAACGCUUUUAAGAAAUCAUUGUAUUUUUAACUGUAAGAGCAUUAUUUUAUAAAUUUGAAAAUAAUAUUUUAAAGAAAAUACUUUAACAUGGCAAGAAAUGCAGAAAAAGCUAUGACAACAUUGGCUCGUUGGCGAGCCGCACAAGUUCAAGAAGCAGGAGGGCAACGGGAGCGGCGGCCCUACUUAGCAUCUGAAUGCACUGAUCUUCAGCAAGCAGAGAAAUGGAGGCUACAAAUUGUUAGAGAAAUUGCAAAAAAAGUUGCACAAAUACAAAAUGCCGGUCUUGGUGAAUUUCGAAUUCGAGAUUUAAACGAUGAAAUCAACAAGUUGAUGCGAGAGAAACGUCACUGGGAAGUACAAAUAAAAUCACUCGGUGGACCGGAUCAUGCUCGCGUCGGCCCGAAAAUGUUAGAUCAAGAUGGUAAAGAGGUGCCGGGUAACAGAGGUUAUAAAUAUUUCGGAGCUGCUAAAGACUUACCGGGUGUGCGCGAGCUGUUCGAGCAGGAACCGCCGGCGGCGCCGCGGCGUACUCGCGCGGACCUCAUGCGCGACGUGGACGCGGACUACUACGGCUACCGGGACGACGACGACGGGCUGCUGCUGCCGCUAGAGCGGGACGCCGAGAGGGCAGCAAUAGCGAAAGCGGUUGAGGAAUGGAAUAGAAAUAAAGAGGAAAAUAAAGAUCAGGAAGUUCCCGAGGAAGAAAAUAUUUAUCCUGAAGAUCCUGAUGACAAGAGGAUAGAGGACGAUGGAAAUGAAAAACCUACAGAACCAUCACACGUUGCUGUUCCUUCACAGAAAGAUGUAGAGGAAGCGUUGUUAAGAAGGAAAAAACAAGAACUUUUAGAAAAGUACGGAUGUCUAGAUGUAAAAAUGGAAGUGAGCUAACGUUACUAAUAAAAUUAGUUAGGUUAUUUGUACGUUA